CUUGAUCCCGUUAACGCUGAACAAGGAGAACACCAUAGGCAAUUCCAGCUGUCGCCAUGUCUGCCGCCACGGGUAGCCAUCGGAAGUGGCACACCAAGUCUCGGAAGGGAUGCCACUCCUGCAAGACAAGAAAAAUCAAGUGCGACGAGCAACAUCCCUCAUGCCGGAACUGUAUCAAACGUGGCAUUCAAUGCGACUUCCUCCAGUCCGAGGACACGGCGACCCCGGUUUCAGUCCCAGCAAACCUCGACCUCGAACUCCUCCAUCACUUCACUAUCUCGACCGCCUCGACCUUGUCCACAGAGACCCAAGUGCGUGAUCUUUGGCGCGUGGUUAUACCGCAGAUUGGUUUCUCUGUCCCGUACAUCCUCAACGGCGUGCUUGCCCUUUCAGCCCUUCACAUGGCUCGUUACAACCCGGCGCGAAGAGAAGUACUUCUUUCUCAAGCGGGUCGAUAUCAUGCUGCCUCAUUGGAAGAGGCUUUGCCUCUCAUUCCUAGCGUGACAUCGGAGAACUGCACCCACCUCUUUUUGUUCGGUGUGUUGACGCUUUUUUUCAACCUCGCCAGUCCAAGGAAAGCAGACGACAUUCUUCUUGUUGGCAAUAGAGCCGUGCCAGAAUGGCUUUAUCUGCUCCGGGGAAUCGGAACAUUGGUCGCUGCAGACAGCGCAAUCUUUUCAUCACCUGUGUCGCUCAUUUUCAAGGCAAUAAACCCGGGGCAGUUUUGGCCUCCACAUCCGCCCGAAAAGCAAGAAUUUCUCGACGAACUAGAAACAAGAAUUCGCGUCAAGACAUCAGACUCUGCAGAAAAGCAAGCCUCCCUGCUACAAGCAGUUCAAGCCUUGAGAUGGAGCUAUGAUUUAAUGUCUAGCAAAGACUCCAAUGAGCACACUCGGCUAAGGAAAUUUUAUGCGUGGUUAUUUGCCAUUGAAGAGAGCUAUCUGAAGCUGCUGAAGCAUGCAGACAGUGAAGCGUUGUGCGUGCUUGCAUUCUUCUGCGUUUUGAUGCGGGAAUUUGAGAGGUAUUGGUGGAUCGAAGGAUGGGCUGUCCAUAUUCUUCGGCAGAUUUAUAUUCUGCUGGACGAUGAGUAUAGACUUUGGAUACGAUGGCCUAUCGAAGAGAUGGGCUGGGUACCUGAGACCGCGCCUAGGUAGUAUACUUGACACAAUCCGAGAAAGGUCCU